AUUUAAUUUGUAAUUCUAUGAAAAUAAUAAAAUGCUAGUCUCGAAAGUAUUUUCCGUUGUGACACUUUUCUUCUUUUCUUUCUACGUUGAGCAAUAUGAAAGCGCAAAAAUCUUGUUUUAUUUCGGCUCUUCAAUUUAUUCUCACAAAGUUGCAGUGUGGCCUUUGGUAUUAAAGUUGGCUGAGAAGGGUCACCAAAUCACCUUCUUGUCUCCACCGUUUCCUAAGGAUAAGCCGACGACAAGCUCAGAACAGACACCUACACAGUCUGCUCUCAAUAAUAAUGUGAGAAUAUUCCACCCUAAAUCUCUCGUCGUUUUUUGGCAAGAAAAAGAAAAUAACAAUAGAACCAGGGAUGCCAUCACUUCGCGAGUGCAAGGGUACAGUGAUGGUCAAGGUUAUUGGGAUGCUUCGAUGCAGAACGCGUUGGAGAUAUGCCGGGUGAUAUUUCGGAGCUUGGAGGUGCAGGAGUGGGUGGAGGCGAAGGUGCAGGAGUUUGACUUGGUCGUGAUUGACACUCCGUAUAACGAGUGCGCCCUGGCGCUGGCCCACCGCCUUGGCUGCCCCCACAUCCUCUUUGGAACCACGUCCCUCUACAUGUGGCACCAGGAGAUGUUUGGCCUUCCCGACGAAACCUCAUGGCUUCCGAACUACUACUACCACUUUCCCACCGAGAUGAGCUUUCUCCAAAGAGUGAGAAAUGCUCUGACGCCACUCCAGUGGUUCUACUCCACCAACAGAGUGUCCUACAUUGUCCCGCAACUGGAGAAACUCAUGAGGAAGUCCUUGAACGUGACUGACCUCCCUCCUUUGGAUGAGUUGGAGAGAAGCACGAGUUUGUUCUUGCUGAAUACACACUUUAUUCAAGAGUAUCCCAGGUCACUGCCGCCUUUUGUCGUCCCAGUGGGAGGUCUGCAUCUACUUGACCGGGUGGAUGAAGAUGACGGAGAUCAAGAGUUGUCACCGGACAUUACUGAAUUUCUGGAUAAAUACGCCGAGAACGGAUUCAUCUAUAUGAGCUUUGGAACACAAGUUGAAUUUUCCAGAGCACCGGCCAUAGUCAUUGAAAAGUUUAUUAAUACAUUUAUAAUUCUGGAGAUGCCAGUAUUGUGGAAAUGUGAUGAUGUGGAAAAUGCUCCAAAUGAGAAACCUAAACGAGUUCAUAUUGCUAAAUGGCUUCCGCAGACUGCGAUACUUUCUCAUCCGAAAAUCAAAGCUUUCAUAACGAACGGAGGAGCACUUAGCCACCAAGAAGCAAUUUUCUACAGCGUCCCUGUCAUCGCAUUUCCCCUCACACCUGAAGAAGAUUACAAUUCAAUAAUAAUAGAAAAGUCGAUGAUUGGAUUUAUGAUGAAUAUUGCCUAUUUUACUCAGUAUGAAUUGGCCACUAAUGUUCGAAGACUAAUCUCGGAUGUGACAUACAAAAACAACGUGAUGAGACUUUCAGAACUAUUUAAAGACCGACCUCAGCAACCCGUUGACACAGCCGUUUGGUGGACGGAAUAUACGAUUCGCCACAAAAAUUUGACUUUUACUAAACCUUUGGCUAUUUAUCAACCAUGGUACCAAAGGCGGCUUCUUGAUGUUUGGAUAUUUCUUGGGUUUACUGUAUUCGGAUCGCUGAUAACUUUAGUGAUAUCUGUGAAUUACAUUUUUUGCAACAAUAAUAAACCUCCUUUAGUUAUAAAAUCUUCCAAAAAAGUUAAAACGGCCUGAGGGAAAUACAAGCUUAAGAAUUGUAUGAUUGUUUUGUGUGUAUAGUUAAGUAUAUAUUUAAACAAUUUACGUCUCACGCUGAAUAAAUGCACAAUUAUUAUCCAGAAAA